AUGGAUACAGGUGGUUCCACAACAAGAGACAUUGUAUGUUCCUCUGGUGUCAUCGCACCGGCGGAGGCUUUGGUCGCGGGUACAGACUUGCAGAUGUAUGAGGGUGCAUCCCAGAAACGGAGAAGGCUAGCCCAGGCCUGGAUUCACUGGUGCAGACACCUAGGCGCAGAUGCGCAUCCGCAUGCACGAGUGCUAUUUCACAGAAGUAGAACUAAAAGUUCCUUUGCUAGUGCUAAUGACACAAUCCAAUCUGAUAUUAUUCCAAUCCCAGGAGAAUAUCUUAUGAAAAUUUCUAUUGGAACCCCACCAGUUGAAAUUGUAGCCAUAGCUGAUACUGGUAGUGAUUUAACAUGGACACAAUGUAAGCCUUGCACUAGUUGUUUCAAACAAACAGCCCCUAUUUUUGAUUCCAAAACAAGCUCUACUUAUAAAACCAUAGGGUGUAACGCUGAGGAAUGUGCAUCACUAGGGACUUCUUCUUGUGUUAGAGGAAAUAUUUGUGAAUAUCAAAUGAGUUAUGGUGACCAAUCACAAACUAUUGGUGAUCUUGCUUUUGAAAAAUUCACAUUUCCUUCUACUUCUGGAAAUAAUGUUUCUAUUCCUAAUGUUGUGUUUGGUUGUGGUCAUGACAAUAGUGGCACAUUCAAUAACUAUACUUCUGGUAUUAUUGGCUUAGGUGGUGGUGAAGUCUCAAUUGUCAACCAAUUGGACAAACAAAUCAAAGGGAAAUUCUCUUAUUGUUUAAUCCCAAUUCCAUUACAAUCAUCUAUUUCCAAUGCUACAAGUCAUAUCAACUUUGGCAAUAGUGUCACUGUGUCUGGUCCUAAUGUCGUUUCAACUCCCUUGAUAAAAAAGGAACCGUCCACGUUCUACUAUCUAAAUUUGGAAGGAAUUAGCGUUGGGAAUAAGAGGGUAGAAUUCAAAUCUUUUAAAAUUGCUUCUUCUAAUGCUUUUGGUGGUGAUGAAGGUAACAUUAUAAUUGAUUCUGGUACGACGUUGACUUUUUUGCCUAAUGAUUUUUACUUGAAUUUGGAGUCGAUAUUGUUGGAAUCGAUCAAUGCAACUAGAAUUGAUGAUCCUUCGGGCACUUUUGGUAUCUGUUACGAGUCUAAGGAUGGUACUAUUGAUGCUCCCAAAAUUGUCACGCAUUUUACUGAUGCUGAUUUAGUGUUGGCGCCUUCGAGCACGUUUGCAGAAGUGGAGGAAGGUUUGGUUUGUCUUACAUUAGUGCCAGCAGAACAAAUUGCUAUUUUUGGAAACUUGGCACAGGCGAAUUUCCUAAUUGGAUAUGAUCUUGUUGCUAACAAAGUUUCUUUCAAGCCUACUGAUUGCACUAAGUACUAA